UGAGACCGCUCAACCUGUCUGCUGCCUGCUGACGUCACACCCCACAGGAUUCUGGGAACUGUAGUCCCAGCUCCAACAAUGAGCUCUGGGUUCCUGCAACCCUGCAGUAGCAAUUCCUGACUCCCUCAGGAGUCAAAUUCUAACAGGUAAUCUGUUUCUCACUCAGCAAUUAAUAAAAUAAUACAUUCACAUGAACAAGUAUAUAUUGACAGGCUUAUGGAAGUUAUAGAGAAAUAGAUGGGGAAGGAAAUAAACAACAAAUAAAUAAAUAAAAGAAAUAUUGAUAAUGGAUUGUUGAUGGUAGUAAUGAUGAUGAUUGCAAUGUAAUGGUUAUUAAGAUAAUAAUUAUAAUUGUGGCUAUUAUUAGCAUUAUUAUUAUUAUUCAAUGUGGUUCUGAUAUGCUUACAAAAGAUUUGCGAAUUGUGGAGAUUUCCCAUAGGAGGAUGUCAGAACUCGGUGUCUCUUUGGCGUCUUUAGAAACUCCAUAUGCAAAGUUGUGUGCAACGUAGAGAGGAGCUUGAUACUUUGGCUGUAAUAUCAGUACUUGUCCUUCUAUGGUGGCUCUCUUUUAGGAGUAUCGUGAGUCCUUCUCUGCCAAAGCUGCAAUGUACAUUCAGAUUCAGUCAAAACUAGAUGGGGUGUAUAUAGUUGUCCUGCCAUUAUCGGUAGACAUUUUACAGGUUAUAAAUCACUAGUCUGCUAUCUUUGGAGCAAACUGCAGAGAUGUCUCGAUGCUGGGACAAGACCUCUUUGAGGGUCUGAGUAUCAGAAGCUUUUCCAGGAGUUAGGAGUACCGCUUUCCAAGAAACUGUAGACCCUUCGCGCGUUUGGGAUUUCUUCGCAUAACCCUUGAUAGUGUGUUCAUGCAAGCGUCUCUGCAACAAGACAAGCUGUCUCUCGCAUCAGAACAGCCAUCAAAUCCGGUCUGUCGCCCCAUUCUCUCUAGAAGAGUUUCUCUAACUUCGCAUGUGCUUUCUCCCUCAAGGUCAUCCAUAUCACGUUGCUGGGUCUGGCUAAAAUCUGUUAAAAUGUUAAGAUACCGCAUAUUAGACUAAGGCUGUUGCACAGAUAUGCGGUUCUAGUCUUUGCUAUUUGAUGAUGGACCAGCAUUUCUUUUAAAUGACUAAAAGGAAUAUGCAGAUUCCCCCUAGUUUUCACUUUUCUCUGGUUUUGGGGGGUUCUCACAAUGAGUGGUUUGCAGACGACAGAAAUUCAGUCCCUUAAACAGUUCUACAUUCACUGCUCUUUAUGAACUCUACCCAAUUGUCGUUUGGGGCAGCAGAUGGUCCCAGAAAUAUUAUGGCGUUUUGGGAGCUGCCAUAGUGGAAAUAAUUUACAGUUUUUGCAUUUAUUGUUUUACUUGAUCCUAACCUCCUCAAAUGCAAGUAUCAAAGCUAUGCUAGCAGGAAUCUUCUGGGAAAUCCUUCCAUUCAGCUGCUCCUCAAGGCAACGAUAAGACUCCUCACACAAUUCACUGGUGCAUUAAGUGUUUUCAUUUAUAUUGAUAUGUUGGAAGAAGUUCUGUUAAUGGCUUUUACGGGUUUCUCAGGUAUGAAUAUGCAUGCAGAUCUCAUCUUAAUCCUCAGCAUAAUCUUCCCUUCUCUGAUUUAACCUUAGAAGAUCACAUCACAUGUACUCAAUAUUCUAGACACACUCAUAAUCUGAUAGAUCUCACCAAGACACUCAAAUUUCAUUGCUAUGACUAACACUACAUUUUGUCCUUUCUCUUCUAUGAUGAAAUCCCUGCAUCAUUGCUCCAACCCAUCGGUUGGCUCCCUUGUUCAUUGUCGUUGGUUGCAACCCAUGGCGAGAUCCCGGUUCUGCUUAAGCUGUGUGAUGUCUGCUGAGCUGUGGCCUAACGCGAACGCUGUCCCUUCACCAUCUAAGAUGCUCAGCUACAAUCACAGCUGUCCAUCUGCCCGCAUCAACCAAUCUACCAAGGCUAAUGUCAGGCUCCACAAGAAGGGAUUUUGGCCAUGCAAACUUAUGAGCUCCUGCUCCCCUUAAUGCAUUUAAAAUGUUUAUCUGCUGACACCCCAACUGGUCGAGGCAGACGACCACCCACCUGGAGCCGAAGGGUCUGUCCUAGGUUUCUGCCUGUUAAAAGGCAGUUUUUCCUUGCCCCCGUCGCCAAGUGCUUGCUCAUGAUGGUACUGUUGGGUCUCUGUAAACAAUGUUAUAAGGAGUCGGUCUAGACCUUCUCUAUUUGAGAGUGUCCUGAGAUAACUUCUGUUAUGAAUUGGUGCUAUACAAAUUGAAUUGAUUAAUCAUAUAUUUGCAUAUCAGAUAGUUGCUGGGUUUAGACUAUCUAUAUCUUUGCUAUAUGGGAAAUGUUCCUGCAUAAUACUUUGCUAAGUAGUAUAUUCCCUCAUGGCUUGAGGUGCUCAUAAGGAAUAGCCACACGGCAAAACCCACACAUUGCAGUCCACUAGAUAGUGUAUUCUGCUGGGGCCAUGGUGCUUCAGGGGAAUGGCCACACCGCGGCGGUGUAAGGUCCACACAUAGAAGAUUGUUUCACUGAUGGUGUCAGGAUCCCUUCCGUGUUGUUUUGGGGGGUUAAGGUAUUUGCGCAUCACUCCCCAAUAUCUCAUGUAAACAUAUCUGCGGGGAGUGAUGAGGUCGGAGCCUAGACGCCAAAAUGUAAAUAUGCUAUACUGUUUAAUAAAUAUUCCACGUGAGUUGGCUGACUGAACUGAGGGUUUCGCUGACUUAACAGCAGUUUUGGCAAAGAAGCAAGAUGGCCUUUGAGUUUGUUAGAUUAAAUUUUUAAAACAGUCAAUCUCCUCUGUUAUCCAGAGAUUGUCUGUUAUUUGUUCAAGAAUGAGUUUUGCUGGGGUUUUUCUUCAGAGAGGAAUGAUACAAUUGUAAGAGUUUUAGCUGAGUUUUGUUGAGCUGUCACAGCUUGGCCUGGAUUGUGACUGUAACGCCAAAAGGAGAAACAGUGUAGGUUAUAAUUAAAUUAAUAAAAUACAAGAAUAAUAGGCUGGUUUCCAAAGUCCUGUUUCUACACUACAAAUUAUUGUGUUGUCUUGCUAACAGCAAAUCAGUUUUCCUGUAAAUAAUUGAUGUGAAACAUUUUAGGACUUAGUGGAUAAAUCGCAGCAACAGUUGCAUUAAGAUAUAUUGAUUGUACUUUACUUUCACCCUCUACAUUUUAAAACCACAGACAUGUUCUCCAGUUGCACAAUAAGCAGCAUAGAGGAGCUGUACUGUGAGGAGAAGAUGGAUGUGAUUAAAAGGAUAAAAGCAAGUAAUCUGCUUGUGUUCUCUAGAAAAUGGAGGCUAAUACAAUAGGAAAGAUAUCUGCCCAGACAUCUCCAAAUACCACAGUGAUCUUGCAAGAGAGGAAGUUACAAGUCACAACAAGAUAAGUGCGUAGUUAAAUUUUGAAAUCAAGUUUUUAUCUGAAGAGCUAAGGCACCAUUUACACCUGUUAUUAACAUGUGAUUUGUAUCUGGAUAUGUUCGGAUUUUAACAUGUAAUUAUUAAGCUUUUGCAGGGUUUAUUGAGUGACCUUUCAACAUGUUCUCUAAAUGUGCUCUAGCUGAUCCAGUCACAUCCAUUCACAUUCCAGUCCCAGUAUGUUAUCCAUGCAUUUACACCUGGCAUACCCUGCCUCUCACCCAAAGUUAGCUGGUAUUGACCUCAGCCCCCAGCCUGCCUAAAGGAUAAACAGUUAAUAACAGACAAUGGAUUCAUAUGCAUUUUUCCAUAAUCAGAUACCAUAUUGUGAUAUAUGUUAUAUAUAUGUAUUUAAAUGCCAGGUGUAAAUGAGGUAAUGCUUGGCUUGACUGAUCUGAUUGCGAUCACAAUGCACUCUGAACUCUGCAUAUAUUUUCAUUUAAAGAAAACUGGCAAGAGUAGGCAGAUUAACUCCCAACAGGUUGAGUCAGGCACAAGUGAAACCUUGACACACACUGGCAAACAACACCCAGUCAGUCAGCCAGACAAUAAUUAGAGAUGUGGAGCAGCUGGAAAAUCAGGCAGCAGGUCAGGGCGGAUUAGUGAGUCACAUAUGUGCACAGGUGAAGAAUUGAGUCACAACAAAGACAGACUGCAACCGAGGAAAGUGAAAACAAAAGGAACACAAAGAUGCUGCACACCCCAAGGGCUAACCCUCCAUCCUAAUUGGAUACAAGGCUCCAGCUUCUCUCAUCACUUGCCACUUGCUCGACAAACUGUCCUCUACAGAGAUGGCUGCCAGUGCAAAGAAUAUCCUCAAGCUAUUUAUUCCUCUGCGGUACCUGAAGGAGGACCACCGACCCGCUGCUGCAGGAUUCCCGCUGAAGUUGGAGCACAACGCGGACUGUCGGAGCUGGGAAGUUGCCCGUUUCCCCAUCGCACGCUCAGUCAAGCUUCAGGACUGGUUGAAAGUUAUGGUUUUAAAGCUGGUUGUCACACAGAGUUGGACAAUGUUAAGGAGACCCGGCGCCUUCUGUGUGAGUGGAAAAUGAUUGCGACCAGCACCGAGCUUUUCAUUAUGGUGAGGAGAUGUCUUCUCACUUUCAAACCAUUCAGGAUCUUUGUGGUGGGGAUUGGCUUCUUCAGCUUGUGCUUUCUAAUGACCUCUCUCGGGGGCCAGUUCUCAGCCAAAAGACCCGGAGAUUCCCCCUUCACCGUGCGAGCCGAAGUGCUUGGUGGCCCAGAAUCUCGUGGGGUGCUGAGGAAAAUCAGUGACAUGCUGGAGGUCAUUAUGAAGAGGAUGGAUGCCCUGUCUAAACUGGGUAACACCACAGACACCCACAGGCUGGAUGAGCUCAGCUCAGCCCUGGACAGGAUUCAGCCGAUAGGGCUGGUGGAGCGGAUUCAGGCCAUAGCCCAGAACAUGUCUGACAUGGCAGUAAGGGUGGAGCAGAUCCUCCAGCGCAGCAUGGCCAGCAACAGAGUCAGGGAUGGCGCAUUAGGACAAUGUGAGACUCCUAAAGAUCCCCGUUAUCCAGACUGUCCCAGCAAGAUGGAUUGGAUGCGCGCUCGUUGGACCUCGGACCCUUGCUAUGCCUUUUAUGGUGUGGACGGCUCUGAUUGCUCCUUCCUUGUCUACCUGAGCGAGGUGGAAUGGUUCUGCCCCCCACUGGCCUGGAGGAACCAGACUGUCACACCCACCUUGAAGCCUCUGCCCAAGACACAGGCUGUUUUCCAGUCUGACAUUGGGAGUCUACUGGAGCAGGUGGGCACCGGGAAGGAAUCACUGAGCUUCAUGAAGAGACGCAUACGCAGGCUGGCAGCGCAGUGGGCCUCUGCUGCUCGACGGCUGGAUGACAAGCUCCGCAGCCACUGGAGAGAGCAGAAAAGGAUUCUAGUUCAUGUGGGCUUUCUGACAGAGGAGUCCGGGGACGUGUUCAGUCCCAAGGUGCUGAAGGGGGGUCCUCUGGGUGAGAUGGUGCAAUGGGCCGACAUCCUGACAGCCCUCCAUGUGCUGGGGCACAACCUCAAGAUCUCAGUUUCCCUCAAAGAGCUGCAUGGGUUUUUGGGAGUCCCUCCAGGAAGAGGAAGCUGCCCUCUGACCGGACCUCUGCCCUUUGACCUCAUCUACACCGACUACCACGGCUUGCAGCAAAUGAAGCAGCACAUGGGUCUGUCACUGAGGAAACACAAGUGCCACAUCCGAGUGAUUGACACCUUCGGCACUGAGCCUGCUUACAACCAUGAGGAGUACGCCACGCUGCAUGGCUACAGAACCAACUGGGGCUACUGGAACCUCCACGGCCAGCAGUACAUGACCAUGUUCCCCCACACUCCUGAUAACUCUUUUAUGGGUUUUGUGGCGGAGGAGCUGAAUGAGACGGAGAGACUGAACAUUCAACGGAACAAGGUCAACAAUAUGGCUGUUGUGUACGGCAAAGAAGCCAGCAUGUGGAAGGGAAAGGAAAAGUUCCUGGCCAUUCUGCAUCGCUACAUGGAGAUCCAUGGGACAGUGUACUAUGAGACCCAGCGUCCCCCAGAGGUGCCAGCCUUUGUCAAGAACCACGGUCUGCUGCCUCAGCAGGAGCUGCAGCAGCUCCUCAGAAAGGCCAAGCUGUUCAUUGGAUUUGGCUUCCCCUACGAAGGUCCCGCCCCUUUGGAGGCCAUAGCCAAUGGUUGCAUCUUCCUACAACCCAAGUUUAAUCCCCCUCACAGCUCUCUGAACCAUGAGUUCUUCAGAGGGAAACCCACCUCCAGGAAGGUGUCCUCUCAGCAUCCGUAUGCAGAGCAGUACAUUGGCAGGCCGCAUGUCAUCACUAUCGACUUCAAUAACUCUGAAGAGUUUGAUGCAACCAUCCGUGAGAUCAUGAGGAUCAAUGUGGAGCCAUUCCUGCCCUACGAGUACACCUGUGAGGGGAUGCUUGAAAGAGUUCAUGCGUACAUUCAGAACCAGGACUUUUGUUCCCCUGAAGCUCCGUUUCCUCCGGUAAACUCAUCUGGCGCUUGGCUGGGCAGCCCUCCCAGUCCUUUCAUCCUCCUGCCUAAUUCCAGCAUCCUAACCUGGGCCCCCAAUGCCAGCUACUACACAUCCUGGCCACCCCUCAGCGCAUUGCGGCUUUUGGCUUCGCUGGAGGGCCAGUCGUGUGUGAAGGCGUGCCAGAAUGCAGGACUAAUCUGCGAACCCGCCUUGUAUCGUUUCAUCAACAUUAAGGAGGCCUUCAGCGCACUGGACUUCCAGUGUGAGGGAUUGGAGUCCGAGAUGAACCACCUCUUCCCUGCCUUCUCAGCAGAGCAUGCUGAGUGUGGCCUGCAGCAGGACCCGCUGCUGUUCAGCUGCGCCGGCUCAAGCGCCAAAUACCAGCGCCUUUGCCCCUGCAGGGACUAUCGUAACGGCCAGGUGGCGCUGUGCAGAGACUGCCUAUGACCAGAGGAGGACCUGUGGACUGUGGAGACCCUUUUCUAAGGCAAGAUCCUGGUUGUCCCAUGGGACUCUCUUGAAAAGGAGAUCCUGUGGUGAAAUAAUGUUAAGGCAAACAGUGACUCUGCUCCCUUACCUCCGACUAAGGACUGGCUGCCAAAGUAGGUAAGAUGGUAUUACCUCUCAGGGAACUGCAUGAUUGUACUUUGAAUUUGGUGGGUUUAAGGGCCUCAGCUUAAAGGUUUACAUGGCUGCAUUUGGACCACAGUCUUUACAAAAGUGAUGAUGAAAUGUGUCAUUUGAUGGCUCAGUUAGAUUAGUAAAGAAAACAUGAGCAAUUAAAAGGAAAGCUUUGCUCAAAAAAUGUUUCAAAUGCUUGAAUUUCACAAGUGUUUACUCAGUGUUGUGUGAAUACGUACAGUAUCGUAGUGGAGUUUGGAUAUUUGUACUAGAUGCACCCAAAGCCAUUUACACCAUGUUGAGAUGUACUAUUUUACAUGUCCUGUAAUGAAUAUAUUUGUACAUAAGUGUUGUUUAAUAAAACAAAGGAGGGAAAA